GUGAGGGAGCAGCACGCAGUGCCUGCUGUGUGGGACGUGCGCUGGGACUGGGAGACGGUGCCAGUACGAAGCCUGUCACAGGCUGUCAGCUGGAGCCUCAACUGCAGUUCGGCACGGCCACUAUAACAGCUCUUGCUGUUUGCUGCUCAGGGAGAGCAUCUGGCCUGCCAUCGGAAGAAGAAGGAUUUCUCAGCGGAAUAAACUCCCCCCCUCCCCACCUCUUCCGCUUUAUCCUCCAGGGAAGAGCGAGGGAGGAGAGGAGAAAGCAAGAGAGCGAGGAGAGAAGACUGCAAGAGAAGGAGAAGGAAGAGAGAGAAUUAAAAAGGAGUGGAAAGACAGAGCAGAAAAGAGGAGACAGAAGAGCAUGAGGGAGUGGGAAGGAGAGUGAGGGUCAAGGGAAUUCUCUGAGACACCAGGGAGGAAAAGGAGAAGAGAAAGUGAGAGAAGAUUGCAGAAAGAUAGCAGAGAGUGUGUGAAACUAAAGAGAAAAUAGUGUGAGAGUGCAGAGGGAGAGAGAAAGAUCAGAGAGAUUAUCAUAAAAGAGUGAAGAGGAGAGCCGACAGCAAAACGAGAGAAGAGAGAAGGAGAGAGGGGAGAUCAAAGAGGAGAGAGUGAGUGAGCAGGAAGAGAAGAUCACAGGAGCGUAGAGAGAGAGAAGGGUGGGGAGCAGAGAACAGGAAAGAGGAUUGUGGGUGAGUGGAGACAGGGGUCAAAGAAGAGAGGGAAGAGCAGAGGAGGGGAGAGAGUGUGAAGAGCAAAGAGAGGAGAGGAGAAAGGGAGAAGAGAAGGAUUUCAGGAGGGUGGGGAGGAGAGGAGAGAGGACCCCAGGCCAAGAUGUGGUGGCAAGCUGUGACCGUCUGCCUGAUGCUGGCCCCAAGGGGGCUGACAGCCUCAGGACCCAGUGACGGGAGCCAAGAGAGGGGAGAGCGGGAGGUGACGGAUGCCUGUUGGGGUUACUACGACGUGAUGGGCCACUGGGACCCACCAUUCAACUGCAGCGCCGGCCCCUACCUGUACUGCUGCGGAAGUUGUCACUACCGCUUCUGCUGCCAGUUCCACAGCUACCGGCUGGCCCAGGCCUCCUGCAACAACUACCGGCUCCCCGCCUGGGCGGAGGGGGUGCCCAGCCCAGGCACCGGCCCCCGCCAUGGGGGUGGCGGAGCGGGUGCCAGGGCAGGGGCGGCCAACUUCCCAGGGGACGCAGAAGACGAUGAGGAGCAGCGCAGCCUGGGAGCUGGUCGAGCCAAUGCCGCAGUCUACGUCGUCUGUGCCGGCCUGGCCCUGGUUCUGGGCGCUGGCGUUGCUGCCAGGCUUGCAUUCCGCAAAGCUGCCCGCGGACCCCGCCACCUUAACGUCUCCAGAGCUCUGGUGAGCAUCCUGCGCCACCAGUCUGUCUCCACGCCAGAUGCUGAACAGAACAACCUGACCAACACUGGGAGCACCGUGCCAGCUCCGGACAACCAGCCUCAUAUUGUCAAGAACCACUACACCCCAAGCAAAGCCUGCAAGAAUCCCUCAGGCCAGGUCCCACAGGGCAGGAGACAGUCUGGAGACGGCACCCUCCAGCGGAUGCAAGGGAACACAUACCACAACCUCAAACACGUGGUGGGAAGCAGCCCAGGACACGCAGGAACCUUGCCCCUAGACCGCUCCCGAGGACACCAUCACUCCCGGCAGAGCGGACUUCUCACCUCGUGUUCCUACCACAACCUCUCCCACCUGCCACCCACGUACGAGGCCGUUGUUCGGCAGGACGUUAACAGAUACUCCUCGCUCCGGAGGCUUGCCCGGGACGUUGAGGAUUGCUGCCAACACCGCCACCUCCCCGAGACUCCCGGACGGGGCACCCUCCCCCUGCGCCGCCCACCCCGAAACCACCCCUCCUCCAGUGCCCUACCAUCAUCACCCUCCCCCUGCCCGAGACGGGCCAUCUCCCAGGACCGUCUGCUGUCUGAGCCGGGACACCCUGCCACCUCCUCCUUCCCCCCUCUCCCCCCUCCGCGGCCACGCUCCUCCCGCUCCCGCGAGCGGCUUUGCCCCACUGCCCCGCCCCCUCCCCCACCCCCUCCUCCCCCUCCACCCCCUCCACCUCUAUCCCCCUUCUUCCUGCCACUCUCGCAGAAGGCCCUAUCCUACGGGAACGUCUCCUCGCCCUCCCGUCCCUGGAUCGAGCGUCACCAGAUCGUCAAGAUGAACUCCCACCCCUCGGCCGGCUCUCCCCGAGGGGGUGGGGGAGGAGGGGGGAGUGGGGGAGGGGCAGGGGUGGGUGUCACUCCAACUCUGCCCAGUGCCGAGCGCCGCCAAGCCUUCGCCGCCAAGAGGCACAGCACCGUGGACCAACUCCAGCCCUUGCCAGGGCACCCGGCAACCCAGAUCCGCUCGGGCUCCAAGGCCGAGGUCACCGUCUGAGAUUCAACCCCGCCCUUCUCAAACAUCCCUCUCCAUCCUCCCUCUUUCCUUCUCUGCAUUCCGUCCCUAUUGCUGCUCCACCGCCCAGCCCAACUGUCCACCUCCCUCCCUCCCACUACCUUCCACUCCACCCUCAUCUCUCUCUCCCUCCUCCUAUCUUCCCCUCUCUCAUCAUUCCCCUCCCUCUUUCUCUGUCCCCUUCUCUACCUCUCCCUCCUUUCUCUCCCGUUCUCUUUCCCCCUCCCUGCCUCCCCUAUCUUCUUCAACACUCCUCCUCUCCUCCUUCUCUCCCCUUCCUCCUCACUGCCUGAGGUGAGACCCCCCAUCUCUCUCACCCUCCUUCUCUUUCACAGUCGCUUCCUUUCCCUUUCCUCCCUCCUUCUCCCUCUUCCCCUCUUCCUCGAGCUCUCUGGACGAGGACAGCUGGGCACCACGUCCCUGGCAUCCAGUCGACCCAUCUCAGUUUGCCUGCUCAUCCUCAGCUACACCAUGGGGGAACCUCCUCUUCCCACACCCUCUCCCACUUCACCCCAGCCGACUCCAAGGAGCUUCCAACUCCCAGCGGGAAUGUUGGAUGAGGCAGCCACAUUUCAGAGACACCCUGGGCUCCCCUCCAUAGUCUUCACUGAAGAGAGGUUGGCAUUGGGUGGUGAGCUGAGGCCUGGUAUUCCAGAAGGACUUUUCCCAUCAAGGCACCUUCUGUAGAUGUCUAGAGUGAUUGUCAACCACUUUAGAGAAAGAUCUCUCCCAUCCACCAUUUUAGAGGGUGAUUGGUUCUGUCAGCCAUUUUGAAGAAGAUAAUUGACACACUCCCCACCACUGUAGGUGAAGACUAGUUCUCAUGAGUUAAUUCAGUGUAUCCUUGGUCCCACCCCCACCCCCCCCCCGGUGGUUUUGCACCAAUACUGACCACAUUAGAAGGAUUUGGGACACUAUUAUCCAUAACGGCUAAGUUAAAGGUGUUUAGGACAUCACUGGCCAUAGCACAGAAGAUCAAACCAAUACCAACCAAGUUAAAGAUGUUUGUGACCCCAAUGAACAGUGUAGAGGCAAUUGGACAAAUACCGGGUACAUUUGAGAGAUUUAGGAAACUAUUGGCCAUUGCAGAGAAAGUUGCACCAAUAGCGAACAGGGUUAGAGGAGCUUGGGACAACGUUAGCCAUUGCAGCGAGGAUUGGACCAAUCAAUGCCAGCCAAGUUCAAGGGGUUGGGUCACCAUUGUCCAUGGCAAAGGAAGUCGGACCAAUAUCAACCAUGUCAGAUGGAGUUGGAAAAUCACUGGCCAUUGGACCACUGCCAACCAACUUGAACUAUUGGACUAUCCUCAUCCAUGUCUGAGACUGUUUGGGUAUAUUGAAAGGUGACAGGGCCAUUGCUUCUAAUCAGCAGAUGGGGGCCAUUUAUUUGGUGAUGAAGCCCAACGGAGUACUCCAGCACAGGAGACGAAAUACGGAGGGGGUUCAAUCCUUGCCUGCACUGAGACGUUGGUGGGGAGGGAGGUGAGGGGGUGAUGGAGUUAUGUGGUCGGGACUGGAAUUAUUUUGAUUUCCUUAUCCAGGCUAUGCAUGGUGGAGAUGGGGUUGGGGUUUGAUGUUCUCUCCUUGCUGGAGGUGGGGAGGGAGGGGGACGAGUUCCCAACCCCUUCCCCAUUCUCCCCACCUUCAGCCCAGCCCCCAACCCAUCCCCGUCCUCAGCACAACUACAUCAGCGGCAUAAACGGUGUCGGAGAUGGAGAACCCAGUCGGAGACAUGACUUCACUCUCCCUCGAGAAGAUCUUAUUCCAGGAAGAAGAGAUGUAGGGAUGGGCGCUUGUGGGGGGUGGGGGAGGUGUGCAGAAGAUAGAUGCCCCAAGCACCUGGAGACCCCUAACCCCAGGCGGAGAGCGGACAGCGUUGGCCAUGGACCGAUAACGGCCAAGUAGAGGGAACUGGGAUCCCAUUCGCUAUAGUAAACCCCCAACCCCGGGCGUUAGAACGCAGCUGGCAAUCUCGACGAGUUUGUGUGUGUUUUUUAAAAGCCAGGACGAACUUUUGUAAAAGAAGUUUUAUUCUGUCUCGUAUAUCUUUGUAAAACCAAUUUUAGCUACCAAGGCUUUUUAUUGGCAAGACAGGGGAAGUUAUUCCCCUCCCUGCAGCGGGGUGUGCUGGGUGGGGUUACAGGGGGAGGGCAUGCGAUCACUUUAUUCUGGGUUUUUGUUCUGUGUUCAGAUAUUUUGAUG